AUGGUCAACAAGCCCAGGCGAUGCGCGAGCAAGGCCGCCGAGAGCGCGUCCGCACGUCUCUGUGCAGCCGCCGAAGCAGAAACAACAGCAACUGAUGUCUCAUCGGUUGCUGAAGCGACUCAGCCUGUGUCACUUGGUGAUGCAGGCGCUGGUCAUGAAGACACUCAUGUCUUCACAGAGUAUGAGCUCGGUGUCUCAUACUCUCCUGAUACGGAAGACGGAUCCGUAUCGACGGCGAUUGAAUCCAAGCCGCCUGCCAAGAGUGGCAUGGAUGAUGCUAUGCGUCGUAGCAUCUUUGGUUCAUCUGAUGAAUCAGAUGAACCAUCGCCGAAGCGAAGGCGCUCGAGGUCGCGAGACUCGGGCGCUAACAGUGGUGUCGGUUCUCCUAUUGACACCACUUCACAGCGAGGUGUCAGUACUUCUGUAGGCACGUCGCAGGAAGAGCGGGACCGCAAUGUCUUGCGUCUCGCUCCAGAAAAGAAGGCAUGGAUGCCUCCAAAAUCCGUCAUGGAUCACUUGUCGGCGACGACGAGUGAUCGUUAUCGAACACGAUUGUUCGAUUCGUCAAGGAUCCAUCACCUUGACCCCAGUGCGAAAAACUACCGCGCUGAACAUGAAUUCUUCAUCGAUGCUUUCUUUAGACAUCGAUGGUACAGUGGGAAUCACAAACGUGAUGGUCCCUCACUACUUCAGGCGUGGAACGCCUACAUCCAUAACCUCGAGGAUGUAGGUCGUGACGCUUGGAACGACAAACUUAUCAAAGCUCGUGAUAAGUUUGAGAAGAGAACCCCGACAGGUGCACGCUACAAGCUGCAUCGUCUGUCUAGGGAGAAAGGAUUGCCCUGCCUCUCGUGA